AUGGCUGAGGCCCCUGCUGGCCCGGACAGAGGAGGCCACCUUGAACAGAAGAUCCUGCAGGUGCUGAGGGAUGCAGGUUCCCCUGUGAAGACCAGUUGGCUGGUGACGGAAUGCCAAGUGCCCAAGAAGGAGCUCAACCAAGUCCUCUACCGAAUGAAGAAAGAGUUGAAAAUCUCCCUCGCAGCCCCUGCCACGUGGUGCUUUGGUGGGGGUGGUUCUGAAGGCGAGGUUUCUGCAGGUCUGGCCCAGCCCAGCCAAGCUGUGAGUCCCCAGCCAGACGCAGCUGCGAUUGCAGAGAACCCCGGCUCUCAGCUCAGCAAGCGGCGGGAGGAAGAGAUCUACAGGUUUCUGGAAGAUAAUGGGUCUCAGAGGGCCCUGAUCAUCGCUCAGGCCCUGGGCAUGAGGACAGCAAAAGAUAUCAACCCAGACUUGUACAAGAUGAAGGACAAGCACCUUCUGGACUUUGACAAGAAGUCAAAAGCAUGGACGAUUUAUCGACCAGAAGAUUCUGGAAGAAGAAAUCAGUCCACCCCAACUAUUUACCAGCAAAAUCCAAUCAACAUGAUCUGCCAGAAUGGACCAAACAGCCUCAUUUCCAUUUCAAACUCUAACUCCACCCAGAUUGGACAUGGGAAUGUCAUAAUGACACAGUUGACCCCUGGAGAGGACGGUUCCACAGCUCCCCACUACCUUCCUUCAACAGCACCAGGUGAUUCCUCCACUCAGGGUCCCCUAGCUGAUGUCUGGGGGCCCCAGGACAUCCAUGUGGAGCAAUCCAUUCUCAGACGGGUGCAGCUGGGACACAGCAAUGAGAUGAGCGUGCACAGCAUCCCAUCUGAGGGCCCCACCCACAGACUGCCAGGCAGCCCCCCAGUCUCUGCCACCACCGAUGGUCCAGAAGCUUCAUUUGAAGUGCGAAUGCCCAAACCAGGACUUCACCCUGAGGGGGAUGCAUCCCAGAGAGUCCACAUCAAAUCAUGCUUCCUCGAGGAUGCCUCCAUCGGCAGCAGGAACAGGAUGACCGUCGGCCCCGGGGCCACUGGUCCAGGAGAUGCGGCGUCUGGAGACAGAGAGUCAGGCGCGGACACAGAUCCUAGUCCUGAAGCCACACAGUGCAGAAGUGAUUUCCUUCGCGAUGUUGGUCAGGAUGCCCCCAGCUACAUCUCCACGCUCACCCUCCAGCUGGAAGCUGUGACUCUUGGAAAUGGGGAUCCGGAAACUGCAGGACACAGUCGCUGGAUGGAUGGAACCCCAGAUGUGGGCAGCCCAGGGGGAGGUUCAGCCCAAGGCAUCUGUGUUUCUUCGAGUAGCAGCACCAUCCUGGGGGCUGAGCCUGUAUUGGGGACCAUCGGUCCCCAGUGUGGGUCAGCAUCUGCUAAUGGACUGGACAAGGAUGCCACCCCUACCCCAGGCACUGCACAGCUCCUCAAGACGGCGACCAUGCCCCUCACCCUUGUGUCCUCCUCUGGGGGACCCAGGAUGACGUUCCAGCCCUUCCCUCCUCUGGUCCCUGUGCCCAUCCUGGAAGCUCCCCCCUGCUCUGCUGUGAUCCCUGAACAGGGGCCACUGCAGCCUGGACACAUCUCGGAUUCCCCAGGGACCACGGUAGAGCUGUAG